AGUGGGACACGGGUAUUUCUUCUGGAGUCCUAGGUCUGGUUAGGAGACUCCUGCUGCAUCAUUUGAGAAUAGAGCUUCAGUGUCCAUCAUGAGCCAUCGAAGGAGGAACUCGGACUUCCACACAGAGACCCCCAUGCAGAUUCAUCCAUGUUGUUGCAAAUGGCAAGAUCUCAUUUGUGCCUCUUAGCUCACUUCAUCAACUCCCCCAACAUCUAGCCUCUGAGGAACCAGAAUUGCAGCACUUCCUCUUUGGGCUGUUCCUGUCCAUGUACCUGGUGACCAUCCUUGGAAAUCAGCUCAUCAUCCUGGCUGUCAGCUCUGACUCCCGCCUCCACACCCCCAUGUACUUCUUCCUGGCCAACUUGUCCUUUGUUGACAUCUGUUUCACCUCCACCACCAUCCCCAAGAUGCUGGUGAAUAUACAAAUACAGAGAAGAGUCAUAACUUAUGACAGCUGCAUCAUGCAGAUGUACUUUUUCAUACUUUUUCUAGGUUUGGAUAACUACCUCCUGACUGUGAUGGCCUAUGACCGCUUUGUGGCCAUCUGUCACCCCCUGCACUACACGGUCAUCAUGAACCCCCAGCUGUGUGGACUCCUGGUUCUGUUGACCUGGACCAUAAGUGUCCUGCAUUCCUUGUUACAAACCUUAAUGGUGUUGCGGCUGUCCUUUUGUACAGUCUUAGAAAUUCCCCACUUUUUUUGUGAACUCAAUCAGAUGAUCCAACUUGCAUGUUCUGAUACCUUUCUGAAUAAUGUGGUGAUGUAUUUUGCAGCUAUCCUGCUGGGUGGUGGUCCUCUUGCUGGGAUUCUUUGGUCUUACUUUAGGAUAGCUUCCUCCAUACUUCGGAUCUCAUCCACUGAAGGGAAGUACAAAGCAUUUUCCACCUGUGUAUCUCAUCUUUUGGUUGUCUCUUUAUUUUAUUGCACCAGCCUAGGAGUGUACCUUAGCUCUGCUGCUCCCCAGAGCUCCCACGCAAGUGCAGUGGCCUCGGUGAUGUACACGGUGGUCACACCCAUGCUGAACCCCUUCAUCUACAGCCUGAGGAACAAAGACAUAAAGGGGGCUUUAAAUGUAUUUUUCAGGGGGAAGUCAUUAAAGGGCCAUUUUUUAAGAAGUACCUGUGAUUGCAGCCUUAAUGCUUAAUAGCCAGAAAUUGUGAUACUUUAAUCAGAUCAUGAAAGAAGAACUUAAUUCCUCUUUGUAUCUCCUAGAGUUUCAAUUUUUCUAAAGUUCAUCUGUUUUAUUAAAUUUUCUGCUCCUUCCAAUAGCCACCAAUUUUUCCUGUUUUUUUCUUCUUAAUUUCCAAAGUUCCAGCCUUGAAUCAGAAACAAUUUCGAGAUUCAUGUUUGCCUCAUAGGGUGAUGGACUGUCCUAGUUUUAUGAAGUAAGCUACACUUGGCAACUGAGGCCAUUUUUAUAAUAUUAUUGUAGAGGAAAUUCUGAGAUCACACUUUUUCACUCUGUGUCUGCCAUUCCUUUCUGCGUUACUACCUUAAAUGCCCUCCCAGAUAAUAGAGACUUCAGCCUACGAGUUCGUUUUGUAGGUAGUCAUGGGGCUUCAUGAUCCUCAAGAGGCUCUUGUUCUCUUAUCAGCUCAGCAGCCACGGUAUCCCCGGCCCAGAAGAAUAAGGCAAAAAUUGCUUAUGAAAAGCGCAAUGCAAGUGUAAUCUACAGAAAGACAAAUUUGCAUAAAUGAAUUGACUUAAUGUGAGCUCAGUAUCAGAGAAGACCUGAAAUAUGAUGAAGUAACAUUUUCUAUCACAGCAUAUUUUAUUGCAGAAUAUGUGUCUUUGAUGAUGAACAUCUACUCAUCUACUCAAGUGUAGGACAUUUGGUGUCCAUGUUCAGAGGGUUUUAUUCAUUGGACUGAAGAAGUUGAUGGCAGAGUUUAUAUUAUUUAAUUGGAUGAUUUACUGUUUCUAUUUGAAAAUUUCCAGUGCUGCCUACAAAUAUUACCUCUUCUA